GACAGGAAAAUCGGCGUUUUUUUUUCAACUUCGCGCCAUAAAGCCAUAAAGUUGAUAAAUGUUCGAUCAAAGUCUUGUUUACCGUGUUCCUUUUUCGUCGUCAUUGUAAUCGAAGUCGAAGUAUAUUUCGGCGAAAGUUAGCAAACAAUUUACAAUUAUGUGGACGAAAUGACUCGAAAAAUACCAUUUUUGGUGAGAUUUUGGCAUCCGGUGCCAUCACAAUGGAAAAUUCGCAUCCCUUUGUUCUAGUUCAUUAAUCUCACGAAUCAAAAUUUUCUGAAUUUCUACCUCAAAAUAAAAAUGUCUUCGUCGACGUCAGAAGCGGUCAAAGUGAUCGUACGAUGUAGGCCAAUGAAUAGCCGAGAAAUGGCCCUCAAGUGCAAGCCCGUGGUACAGAUGAACACGGAUAAAUGCACAUGCUCUCUAUUACACCCCGGAGAUUACUCAGCUCCCCCAAAAGUCUUCACAUUCGACGGCGUUUACAACGAAUCUUCAACGACAGAACAUAUUUACAACGAAAUUGCCUACCCUUUAAUAGAGAGUGUUCUAGACGGAUAUAACAGUACAAUAUUCGCUUAUGGUCAAACAGGCUGUGGUAAAAGUUUUUCGAUGCAAGGCGUGCAAGAACCGGAGAAUCAAAGAGGAAUAAUUCCUCGAGCUUUCGAGCAUAUUUUCGAAGCGAUUUCUUUAGCUGAUAACUAUAAGUAUCUAGUUUUGGCGUCGUAUUUAGAAAUAUAUAACGAAGAGAUACGCGAUUUAUUAGGUUUAAAUACCAAGAAAAGGUUGGAUUUGAAAGAAAGUCCUGACUCUGGUGUUUACGUCAGUGAUUUAUCAUAUCAUGCCGUUCAUAAUGUUCAUGAAUGUCAAAAGUUAAUGGAGCAAGGCUGGAGAAACAGAGCAGUUGGAGCUACGUUAAUGAACACCGAUUCAUCGAGAAGUCAUUCUAUAUUUACGAUAUCUGUGGAAAUGAUGCCUGUAUCUCAAUCUUUAGUCGAUUAUUGCUCACCGAUCAGACGAGGAAAACUUAACUUGGUUGAUUUAGCUGGAAGUGAGAGACAAGCUAAGACUGGAGCUACAGGAGACAGAUUGAAAGAAGCAACAAAAAUUAACCUAUCUUUAUCAGCCUUGGGUAACGUAAUCUCAGCCUUAGUCGAUGGUAAAUCCAAACAUAUCCCAUACAGAGACUCGAAACUAACCAGGCUUUUACAAGAUUCCUUGGGUGGUAACACGAAAACUUUAAUGGUGGCAUGUUUAUCACCUGCUGAUAAUAAUUACGACGAAACUCUUUCCACAUUAAGAUACGCUAAUCGAGCAAAAAAUAUUUGUAAUAAGCCUCACAUCAACGAAGACCCCAAAGAUACAAAACUUCGAGAAUAUCAAGAUGAAAUACAAAAAUUACGUCAGCUUUUGGAACAAAAUUCCAAUUUUCCUACCGCUCAAAAUAUAAAAGAUAUAAUCGGUGUUCCGGAUAGUAAUAAGAACUUAGAAUUCGAAAAAGAAGUGGAGAAAUUGAAAAAACAAUACGAGGAAGAAUAUUUAUCGAAAUGUCAAGUUCAGGCAGAUCUGCAUAGUUUGAAGAUGCGUUACGAAGAAGAAAUUUCCAAACUUAAUGAAAUAAAUGCUCAAAAAAACGCUGCUAAUGCGAAUAAUAAUGAACCAGUCGAUCAAAUUAUAUCAAACGAUCAACCAAAAACUAAUACUGCUCAAUUGGAAAUUCUCAAACGACUGGAGAAGUUACAAAACAGUAUGGUCGGUGGUGAACGAGCUAACGAUCGUGAACUGAAGGAAAAAAGACUGAAGAAGAAACGAGCUGCUGAACAACGACUGAAUACUUUGGCCAAAGUUUUAGCCAAGGUUGAAGAUGAAGAGGGACCUUUAGUAUUGAAAGUUUACGACGAUAUUCAAGAUGAAUUACGAGCUAAAACAGAAUUAUUACGAAAAUACAAACAAAAAGUUAAAGCUUUGGAUCGAGAAAUUCAAGACUUGCAAAGCGAAUUCGAAAACGAACGUACCGAUUAUUUAGAAACCAUUCGUAAACAAGAACGUCAAUUAUUAUUGUACAAUCAAAUACUAGACAAUCUGCUGCCAGCUUUAUCCAAAGAAUGUAAUUACAGAAAUAUCGAUAAAAUCAAAGAAGACGCUAAAUGGUGCGAAGAAUCUCAAUCUUGGGAUUUACCAACGUUAAUCAAUCCACGUAUAAAGUUCCCUCCAGCAGCUGGUGAUGUAAAUAAAAAAUUUCAACUGUCUCAGAAAACUGCACCUGCCAAAUUAGAAACCACCGACGCGUCGUCAUUGGCAUCGUGCGAAUGUUCAUCUACAUCUAGCGAAAAUCUUGUAAAUAUUUCAUCGUGUGAUGAUCAGCGAUUCCAAAAAUACGAUCUGGAAAAUUUCGCUGGUAAUUAUUUUAAACCACGACGAGCGACCGAAUUAUUAUUACAAGCGAGAGAAGAUGCUACGAAGUCAAUUAAUAGAUGGAAAGAUUGCGUUCAACAAUGUAAAACACAAGCAAAAAUGAAAGAGAUUUUUCACGAUAACGAAAUAAUUCUACCAAAUACGUUCAAAUCAAAACAAAACGCUCAAGAUGUAGAAAUGAACAACAGAUGUCGUUCUUGGACCGGUCAAUCGAGUCCAGUUACAUGGAUGACCGGAAACGUACGAAUUUCGCCGGAAAUGUUACCAAAGAAAGCAUCGAAAAUAGAUCUAUUACCGCUGAUACGCGAAAAACGAAAUUCUUUCGAAAGACUCUGAUAAUUUUUUACCAUUUAUGUACUACAGCAUUAGCAGUUACCAUAUUUAGAAUUUGGACGUUGAUAUUUUUUAAUUUAAUAUUUUUUUUUAUUCAUUUUGGAAAAUUAAUUUGCAAUAAAACCGAACUGAAAAUUAUAACUACGUUUUAUUUUACAUUUUUUCAGGAUAAAGGAUGUCUAAAUUAUCGUUUACUUGUUUACCCCAA